AUGCAGCUUCAGCCGCGGCUCGUUCAUUUGAAUGAGCAGCCGCCGUGCGAGAAACAGACAUCGCGUCCAUCUACUGCUCCUUCUAGUUUCGCUCACAUUUUUGACGAGAACGCCCUUCCGACAAAGAAGCAGCUGGUAGACGCAGCGUCCUGUGUCGUCGUGGCUGAAAACGGCCUGAGGGUUCCAUUUGGCGACCUCUUCCGGGAGCAGAAGACGGUCGUUAUAUUUAUCCGACAUUUUUGGUGUCCGAUGUGCCAGGAUUAUAUGUUUUCUAUCGCCAAUACUGUAGAUCCCCAAGUACUCAAGCAGUCGGGGAUCAAUCUUGUUGUCAUCAGCAACGGCUCGUUUAACAUGAUCAAGUCAUACCGACAGAUCUUCCGGACGCCCUAUGCCCUGUAUACCGAUCCCUCGUCUCGUCUCUAUGGCAUUCUGGGAAUGACUAUGAAAUCGAUCGACCCAAAAGAAGAGCAGCGUCGCAGUAGCUACGUACGGCAUGGUCGUGCGGGAGGCAUUGCCAUGGUCAUUGCAAAUGCUCUCCGUGUUGGCAUGCCUGUCUGGGAAAAAGCCGGUGAUGUUACUCAACUCGGCGGCGAGUUCGUCCUCGGACCUGGAAUGACGGCAUCGUAUGCGCACCGUAUGCGAACUCGCAGCUCACAUGCGCCUAUCGUUCGGGUGCUUGCAGCUGCUGGCGUGCAUGUUUAUGUCCGUAGUGAGAAGCCGAAAAUCAUCGUCUCAUCUGAUUCUACUGGUAGGGCCUCCAUAGUCUUUGAGGUGGACGAGGAACAAUGGAUGGAGGAGCGACGCCAAAGUCUUGCCAGAAUCCGCGAGCGGAAACAGGCUCGGAGAUUAGGCGUUAGCGUACCUCCCUAG